GGGGCAUUCACACGAGAGAGGCAGGAGGUGGAGGCAGGCUCCCGGGAACCCGUCUCAGUGGCAUUCCCCGAACGGCUCCUGCAGAGGGAAGCCCCCGGGGAAAUUCCACCCGCGGAGCAGCGUGGCAGGGGCGUGAGGCUGCCUGGUCGGCGAGAAUCCAGCCCUCCUGUCCCGGGGAACACGUGCUCCCCGCCGCUGCUUUUGACUCUGUCGCUCUGUCCCCGGGAGGCAGUGUCCCCGCCUUAACUUUGCAAUCAUUGCAUGAUCAGAAGCCUUAGGACUAGCGUGUAAAGACAUCAGGUGCUGCAGCGUCCGGGCCCGCUUGUUUAAAAAACAAACAAAAAAAGGGCCCUUUUUAUUGUCUUUCCCGUGCAUCUAUCCACCCAGCCGGACACGGAGCGCAAACCGACCUGGGUUGUAAAAAUGCCCAUGGAGCUGACGCAAAGCCGGAUCCAGAAGAUUUGGCUCCCCAAUGAUAGCCACCCUGCGCUGCCCCGCAGAUCCUGCGGGCCGCAGCUUACCAAUUCCCCCACUGUGAUCGUUAUGGUUGGCCUUCCAGCUCGGGGGAAGACCUACAUCUCCAAGAAGCUGACUCGCUACCUCAAUUGGAUUGGUGUCCCAACAAAAGUUUUCAACGUGGGAGAGUAUCGCCGGGAGGCGGUGAAGCAUUACAGCUCCUACGACUUCUUCCGCCCUGACAAUGAGGAGGGCAUGAAUGUCCGGAAACAAUGUGCCUUAGCCGCCUUGAGAGACGUCAAAUUGUAUCUGUCGGAGGAAGGUGGCCAGAUCGCGGUUUUUGAUGCUACCAAUACAACAAGGGAGAGAAGAGGAAUGGUCUUAAACUUUGCCAAAGAAAAUGGGUUCAAGGUGUUCUUCAUCGAAUCUGUUUGCAAUGACCCAUCCGUGGUUGCCACCAAUGUUAUGGAAGUUAAAUUGUCCAGCCCAGAUUAUAGGGACUGCAACUCAACUGAUGCCAUGGAAGACUUUAUGAAGAGAAUCAAUUGUUACCAGGCCAGCUACCAGCCGCUCGACCCAGAUAACUAUGACAGGGACGUGUCUCUGAUCAAAGUGAUCGAUGUUGGCCGGAGGUUCCUGGUGAACAGGGUCCAGGAUCACAUCCAGAGCAGGAUUGUCUAUUACCUAAUGAACAUCCAUGUCCAGCCGCGCACCAUUUAUCUGUGUCGACACGGUGAGAGCGAAUUCAACCUCAAAGGGAAGAUUGGAGGUGACUCUGGACUCUCCAAUAGGGGCAAGAAGUUUGCCAGUGCAUUGAACAAAUUUGUUGAGGAGCAGAACCUGAAGGACCUCAAAAUCUGGACCAGCCAACUCAAGAGGACAAUCCAAACGGCAGAAGCCCUCAAGCUGCCCUAUGAACAGUGGAAGGCGCUCAACGAAAUCGAUGCCGGUGUAUGCGAAGAGAUGACUUACGAAGAGAUCAAGGAGAAGCACCCGGAGGAAUUUGCUUUACGCGAUCAGGACAAAUACUAUUACCGCUACCCUUCUGGAGAGUCAUACCAAGAUCUGGUGCAGCGCCUGGAGCCAGUCAUCAUGGAGCUGGAGAGGCAGGAGAACGUCCUUGUGAUCUGUCACCAGGCUGUGAUGCGGUGCCUUCUGGCUUAUUUCCUAGACAAGAGCGCGGCUGAAAUGCCCUACCUGAAAUGCCCCCUUCACACGGUGCUGAAGCUGACACCUGUGGCCUAUGGUUGCCGAGUGGAGUCCGUCUGUCUGAACGUCGAAGCGGUGAACACUCACAGAGACCAGUCAGAGGAAGCAAAGAAGGGACCUAACCCGCUCAUGAGACGUAAUAGUGUUACCCCUCUAGCAAGCCCAGAGCCCACCAAAAAGCCUCGCAUCAACAGCUUUGACGAGCAUGUGGCUUCUUCUUCUGCUGCCCUGCCAGUCUGUAUGCCCCAAGAGGUGCCCACGCAGCUGCCUGGACAACCUUUACUAGGGAAGGCUUGUCUAACAUGAACAGCUCCCAGAAGCAAUCAUGAUUUCUUCAGGGCUGUUGGAAGCCUACGGAUGACGCCGAUUCCAUUUCAUCGUCAUUUCUGAUGUUUGCUUGUAUCGUACUCCUCCAUUUGACUCGAGGUCGACCCUUGGCUGCUUCUACCAUAGCUGUUCGUCUGCCGACUGGACUGUAUUGAGUUGGGGAGAGAGAGAGAGAAGAGCUCAUCAACCUGGAAAAAGUGGAUUCAACAGCCAAUCCAUAGGCCAUCUCUUUUUAUGUCUCCUUGGGUGUUCGAUAUAUCCUAGCAAGCUGUAACGUGCUUCUAGUGCACUGAGUUGCUGGACUUUCUUUUUGUGUGUAAGCGACGUGACCUUGCAGGGAUGGCUGGUACUGCUCCGUCUCCUCCCGUUCGUGUGUAUAUAUGUGGAGGAGACAGGGUGAGCAGAGAAAUACAAAAGGGGAGGGAUGUCUUUAACUCCUCCGUGAACCGGGCACUCCUUAUUGGUACCGGCGAUGGCCUGUGAUAUGCACGCAGCCAGGCUCUUCGCGGCAUGUGACCUGACGGCAGAGGCAGUUGGGUGACAUCCUUGACUGUUGAAGCAGAACUCUACGGCCGUGUUUACCAAAACAACAAUUCUAUAGCUCUGUAAAUAUCAACGGGAUCUGCCGGGCUUGUACAUCUGCUUCUGAGACAAAUGGAAUCUGCUUUUAGCCUCGACCUGAGAAGCGCUGGCUGAGGAGAGAUGGUUUGAGCCACUGGGCGUGGCAGUGAGGCUUGGACUGGGGGGAAGCCCCACCUUGCUGUUGUUUGGCUGAGGGUGGGGGAGGGGAGGAGCACAGGCCUAUGUGAUCCAAGAGGCGUUUCCUUGUCAUUCAUCCCCCCGCCCCCCCCUCCACUUCCCAGAGGUUUUUACCCUGCACUUGAGCAGGAUUUGCUGAUCUAAAGUAGGUGUCUAUGCUAGGCUAGGUGGGUUUGGCAGACACACAGCCCUCUUGGGGAUGCAUGGAGGUCUGUCUGUCCGUGAGGAGCAAGUUCUUUUGUGUGUGUGUGGAAAAAUCCACAUUCAGAGGCAUUUAAACAAUAGUUUCUUUUUAUAAACUGCUUGGUUUUGCACUUUACAUGUGGCAGGGGUGUGACUCCCCCCCCAGCCCCCACUCCAAUCCUGCCUCUUACAGAUGAAGCCUAGAUACUUGGAUGCUGUACUGCGUGAGCUGAAAGAUUCAGACUGCAAAGCAGUGGGUAGUUACAGUAUUAGCGGUGGGGAGGGGUAGAGGGUGGGUGUGAGGUACUAAUUUAUGGACUAGUCGUAGGGACUGGUCAACUUCCAGUUGUUCUGUAUGUGAGUCUCUUCUUGACCGUCUGUUCUGUGUUUCAAGUUCAGGGGCUUAAGCCCAAGAAUAACCACUACUGUGUCGUUUGUGCAGAAGUUCGUGUGCGCUUGUGUUCUCCUUGUACAGCAUUUGCUCCCGCCUGGCUUCACUCCAGAAGUGGGGAGAGGAGAAGACUAUUGAAGUAGUGUCUCGUUUUUCCUUGGCCCGCCAAGCCCUAAAUCUUGGCUAGUCCCUGUGCUCUCUUUUGACCCCACCGCACGCUCUCUCCGGUGCGCCAGCGCUGAGCCAAAGAGCAGAGUGGAGCUCAAGCAAUACAUUUAUUGUCUUAACGGUUUAAAGUGCAGCUGAAUCGUAUGCUGAAAGGAUGUACCCUACAGUCCAUUAGCAAAGCGGGCGGGGGUCCUGAGCUGUCAGCAUUGUGCUGGGGAGUUCUCCACUCAUGUUUGUUUUAUUUCUUUGUAUUCGCUCUUGCUUCAGGUAACUGGUUAGUAGGUGAGGUUCCUGCAGAGGGGAGCAGAAGGGCUCUGGUGAAAUGUGGUUACUUCUUUGGAAAGGUGAACCGCAGUGCCUAGUGCUUUAGUCUUGCACAGUGAAAAUGCUUUGUACCUUUGUACGUUUUAAAGCAGCACCAGGGAAGGGCCGGUAGUGGCUCUCUCAGCCCAUAUCUGACCCUUGAAGAUAUUUUUAUUGGUGACCUGCCAUUGUGAGGUUUGUUUAUAUACAGCUAUUCUUGUAAAGAUGAAGUGGAAGAAUUUUUUUGUUUUUGAAUAGCUGUGAUAAAUGCAGAGUUCCCUUUUUGCCUGCGUGUUUUACGUCUGCCAUUUAGUUUCAUUCGUUUUAGAGAGACUAAUUUUUAGAGAGUGAGUGACCUAUCUUUUGGACGGCUUCCCGAGGAGUUUAACUUUCUCCCCCUGCUACGGAAAGAUAACGCAGCAAACGCAAACAUUCGGGCCCGGGAUCCAUUUUACACACACUCAGACUUCAAAACAAACUGUAUCUCCCGUUCCGAAAAUAACUUCAUAUUGGUGGGGCCUACAAAAACUGGGACUCUGUCUGAAAAGGAGCAUGUUUAGUUGAAAGGGAAAGGGGUGGAAUAUCGCUUCAGACCAAUCCCCCGAUGCAAAGAGGUGGUGGCUUGGAGGAGGAGUUAGUCAAGCAAAGGGGCUUGCUGGGAUUGGUUCUGUCCAUCGUGUUCCCCUGGCAACUUGACACCAAUUCUCCUAUUUCUACAAACAGCAAAUAUUGGGCCCGGGCCGUGCCAUUAUAACACAGGGUGGGUGGGCAGAAGGGGCUAACUGAACCACACCAAUGACUUUUGUGUGUUUUGUGAUACUUGAAUUUAUUUUUUUAUAAUUUUAUAGCGAAGUGCUGUUUAUUUAUUUAAUGUAUGCUGCAGAGCUUGGAGAGAAGGGUAGGUCUUUUGGGGUUUAUUUUAUUUUGACUUAUGAUAUGUUACUUGUAUUCUGUAUAUAUGUCGGGAAUAAUUGCCUGAGAUGAAAGCUGUGCCAGUUUAAGAACAGGGUAUGCCUUUCAGAAAUUUGUAUAUUUUGCAGCUGCUGGACCAAUAA